AUGGCACCGGCCAAUUUCCUUCUUGUUUUCACUCUUUUAUGUUCCCUUCAAAUUUUCUCAGGGGGAAUUGCUUUAGAAAAUCAAAAUAAUUCGCCUGAGGCGAUGAUAUUUGAAGCCUGUGACAAAAUAGAGAAUCAAAACGCAUGUUUAUCAAACUUACAUUCCCGGCUCGAAGACAGAGUUGGUCGUCGUACACCAACCUCCGUCUUCCAAGCCGCCCUCGAGAACACGCUCGAUGAAGCCCGAUCAGCCAUUGACACGCUUACAAAAGUCACCAGCUUGUCGAUAAGUUAUCGCGAGCAAAUAGCCAUCGACGACUGCAAGGAGCUCCUUGAUUUCUCGGUUUCUGAAUUGGCUUGGUCAUUAGAUGAAAUGAAGAGGGUUCGAGCCGGUUUCAAGAAUGAACAAUCUGAAGGAAACCUAAAGGCUUGGCUAAGUGCAGCAUUAAGCAACCAAGAUACGUGCCUUGAAGGGUUCGAAGGUACCGACCGGCACUUAGAAAACUUCGUAAGGGGAAGUCUAAAACAAGUAACACAACUCAUUGAUUUCCCGAAGUGGAUGACGGAUGGUGAUAAGGAGCUUCUCGUUUCCAGUCCAAAAGGUAUGCACGCAGAUGCAAUCGUGGCGUUGGAUGGAACCGGGCGUUAUCGUUCAAUAAAUCAAGCUAUUCUCGAGGCUCCAAGUUACAGUAAUAGAAGGUACGUUAUCUAUGUGAAGAAGGGAGUUUACCAGGAGCAUAUCGAUUUGAAGAAGAAGACGACGAAUAUCAUGCUUGUAGGUGAUGGAAUAGGGGCAACUGUCAUUACUGGUAAUCGUAAUUUCAUGCAAGGAUGGACUACGUUUCGGACGGCUACUGUUGCUGUUUCUGGAAAGGGAUUUAUCGCAAGGGAUAUAACAUUUCGUAACACAGCCGGACCUCAAAACCACCAGGCAGUGGCACUGCGUGUAGAUUCUGACCAGUCGGCCUUCUACCGAUGCAGUAUGGAGGGCUACCAAGACACUCUUUAUGCCCACUCUUUACGCCAAUUUUAUCGUGAAUGCAGCGUCUAUGGAACCAUAGACUUCAUUUUUGGCAAUGGUGCUGCUGUCCUUCAAAACUGCAAAAUUUUCACAAGGGAACCAUUGCCGUUGCAAAAGGUGACAAUCACAGCUCAAGGCAGAAAAGAUCCUCAUCAAAGCACUGGAUUUUCAAUCCAAGAUAGCUACGUUUACGCCACCAAGCCAACUUAUUUAGGCAGGCCCUGGAAACAAUAUUCCAGGACAGUUUUCAUGAAGACUUAUAUGAGUGGGCAGGUGCAGCCAAGAGGGUGGCUUGAAUGGUAUGGGAAUUUUGCAUUGAGCACUUUGUGGUAUGGUGAAUUCAAAAACUAUGGCCCCGGGGCAUUGACUUCAGGCCGUGUCCGGUGGCCGGGAUAUCAUAUAAUUACCGAUGCUUCUGUGGCCAGUUUCUUCACCGUCAGACGCUUCAUUGAUGGAUUGUCAUGGCUACCAGCCACUGGUAUCAAGUUUUCAUCUGGCUUAACAAAUUAA